UUGAUUUCCAAUUCUUUCAAUUCCGAUAUUGUUACUUUCAUACUUUGUUUAGAUAGUUAUUUCAUUUAGUUGUCAAUUUGUCAAAUUCACGUUCUGUCGGAUGUGUAACAGCGAGUGUGUUGAUGCGAAAUAUUUAUAUUGGGAUAUUUUAUCAUGUAAGUGAUGAGUUGUACCGAAAAUGAAAGUGGACCUUUCGUCGUAUUCUUCCUACCAGCGGCUCUUGGGUGCUUGACCAUACUUUUGGCCCGGCGGUGGGCUUACUCUCAAGUUAGCACUACUUCGUCUACUGCCGUCUCAAGACGGCGAAAAAUUAUUAAAGACCCGCUUGCAAAACGAACCUUACCCACGUUACCCUGUAAAAUGGUAGCUCCCAGUUCAAAGAAAUCUUCAGGUGGCCCUAAGAAGGGACCUGCAACACCUCUCAUAGAAGAUGAUGUAAGCAAUGGAAAACGCGCCAGAUCAAGGCUAUCACCAGCAAAAGCCUCUGGAACCGAUGUCAAAUUUAUAGAGAGUCCUUUGCCACCAAAACACAUACCAUUUCCAUAUAUUCCACAAGAUGGAGAGCUACUCUUUGAAAUUAUGAACUUUGUGUUUACACUUGUAGCUAUGUGCUUACAAUUCUUGAACCUAUAUAGGACUAUGUGGUGGUUACCACAUUCAUAUACAACACAAGCUAUGAAUUUCUAUCUUAUUGACCCACAUCUGGUUGCAUUUAUAGUGACAAUUAUAAGCCGAAGACUACUAUUAAGUGUGAGCCUUGCGCUACUUAAAUGUAUAUUAGCACCUAAGCUGUUGCCACAUGCUACAAUUGCAGCUAGAAUGUUCAUUCUGGGUGUGGUUUUAGGUGCACUGUCUUGGUGUACUUACUUUAUAAUGCUCAAAUAUCCACUUGUAAAGAUUUUUUAUCUCUGUUAUCCGGCAGUGAUAUAUUUUAUAUGCUUUGGGAUAAACUCCACUCCUUUCCUUGAGCUACACAACACGGAGACUCCUCUUAUGCACAGUUGUUCUCAUGAACCAGAACAAAUACGGUCAGAAGUGGAAGUUCUGAGGCAGGACUUUAAUAUGAGGGUCAAGAAAAUACUAUUCAAUUCAAUACUUGGAGCAUAUUAUACAAGUUUUGUUCCAUGUUGUUUUGCUCAGUCGUACCUGCAGUACGACAGCGCGGGCGCGGCGCAGCAGGUGGGGCUGGUGUGGGGCGCGCUGUGCGGGCGCUACGCGGCGCACCUGCUGCCCGCCGCGCUCACGGACGCGCCGCACCGCGCCGCGCGCCACCUCGGCCGCUGGCAGCCGCUCAUCGUGUCGGGCGACGUGAGCGACGUGCCGGCGUGGUCGGGCGCGCGCGUGUGGGGGCGCGGCGCGCGCGUGCGCGUGUCGCAGGCCGUGUACUGCGCCGCCGCGCCCGCCGUGGCCGCCGACCCCACCGACGUGCACCACAUCCGCUUCUAUUCUGUGUUCAGCAAUCCAUCAAAGCUGUUGUGCUUACUACUGUGCCUGCAGCUCUCAUUAGUAGCCAUGCAACUAUGUCUCCUAUUUAGUUCUUUCGCGUGGCAUAAUUUUUUAGCCAUUGUUAUAUUACUAUUUAUAAAUUAUUAUACACUAUUCAAGAUGGUUCGAGAUUAUCUCGUCGCAUGGAAAGUUUAUAAGGCGGAAAACAUGAUACAGGACAAGAAUGCAACGUUACAAGUUAAUUAACGAUAAAAUAAACGUAGAGUAUCUCUGCACACAUUUGUAAUCUGUUUGUCCCGUUAACCAUAUUAUACAGAUAAUAAAUGAAACUAUUUAUAUGCGGUAAGAAAGAUACAACAUCUCAUGUUUAAUUUACUCAUAUAUGUAUUCCAUAGUACAUAAAAAAAUAUAUUUAAAUAUUUAAGUCUAGUCAAAUAUUAGUCUUUGGUUUAAAAAAAAAGGAUAUUAAAUAUUCAAUGAGCAUAUAACCCAUAGUAAUAACAGGACGGGUUGUAAUAUUCUGUCUUAAUUAGUUCACGUAUAUAACCUUCCCGCUCUGAGGUUGGUAGCAACUGAUGAAAUCGCUGUCUACCUUAAAAAACAUGAUAGAAUCUCAUUACUCGUUUACUAUGGUGACUUGUGUCCCUAUAGCUCAGCAUAGUUGACAGUCCUUAGUAAAAAUGUUACGCGUUAUUGAUAGACAAUUUAAUAAAAUAUAUUUUUUAUUGUGUAAAAGGCAGAUGGCCAUCUGCCUGAUAUCUUAUAGUAAUUGGUAAAAAUCAUGGACAUUAGUGCUGAAAGGAAUAUUCCUUGCAUCGCCAAUGCACAACCAACCUUGGCAACAAAGAUGUAAGUGACUUGUGUCUGGAGUUACACUGGCUCUCUAUCUAACCCUUCCAACCGCAACUGCCAAACAGCAAUACAUAGUAUUGUUGUGUUGCACCCGGUACCACCUACAUAAGUGAUGGUCAAUCAUUUGAAGGCAGCAUUUACACAUACCGGAUUUUUGCACUAAACGAAUCGUUAUUUUACAUCAGUUAUUGACUUCGAGCUACGAAUAACGAGCCAUUAGUCGUUCCUAUACCUCACAUAUGUAUGCGCGACUUCUAAACUUACGAAACGUAUUUUAUAGUGUGUUUGAAUAACGACUCUUAGAAAAAUCUACCAUCCAUUAGCAAAUGGAAUCUUUUGUUCUGUAUAUAUUCGUCAUUAAUUUUAUUUUAUGAUGUUUACUUUUAAAUAAACCGCUAACUUGAUUUUUCUCGGAGUUAUAUGAUCUUAUAAAUGUAAUUUGAAAAACUAUAAAGUAAGCCAACUAAUUUUAAUCUGUUAUAAUGUGCAUUGUGUAAACAUUAAGGUAUUUGUAAAAAGGCUCAUUUUAUUAUAAGUGUCUGUAAAAUAUUUGUAAGGCUGGUUUAAUAGACAUUUUAAUCAAAAUUAUACUCAUAUGUAUUACAAAAUGUGUGUUGGAGAUAUAAAAUAUUCCUUUUUACUAUAAAACAGAACAAAAUAUAUGACUUAGCAAGUA